AUGUCAAGCCCUAGUGAUUGGAUGGAACUCUAUCACUCUAACUUAACCCACAUCGGUCAAGUCGGAGUUCCUCCGCCAACAACCUCCACGACCACCGCCAGCACCAGCACCACCACCACCACUUCAAGAAAUAAUAACCUGACACUCGAUCAAGGCCGUAUAGCAAAGCCCGCGGCCAAAAGGCGGUCGAGGGCUUCUCAAAGGGCCCCAGCCACCUUAAUCAAAACCGACCUAAAAAAUUUCAAGGCCAUGGUACAACAAUUCACCGGGGAAGUCCCUAUGAGAUCCCAAAUCUUUGCAGGAACUAAUCGAACAAUCGAAUUUACUGCGGACGACGUUGGAACCUGUAGCAUGCGCGUGUCUCAAGUAGAGCAUCCACCAAUCCAUAUGCAACAACAUAACAUGUUUACGAUACACGACCACAACAACAUGAACAUCACCUUCGGUGCUGAUCAAGGGUUUUCUUCAAGGAAUGAAAAUCGGAGUUUUGAUCAAGAUCACGACAUGUUUCGAUCGUGA